AUGAGUAUAUGGGUAGCUAUAGCAAUUGAAAUAAGGGAAGGAUUGAAAUCUAUAAUUUCACUUUUAAAUUAUGAUUCGAAUGAAAUCAAAAAGAAAGCUACUUUGGUUAUUGGAGCAGCGAUGUAG